AUGGCUAGAAUUGGAAAUGGAGAUGCAAACCAAUAUUCUUUUCAUAAUACUUUGCUUGAGAAAUCAAUAGAAGAUUUGAAGGAGCUUUUGUUCCACAGAGACGUCUCCAUUAUUGGUGUGCAUGGUAUGGGCGGUGGUGACAAAACGACUUUGGCCUUGGCUUUAUGUGAUGAUCCCCACAUCAAAGGUUGUUUCGCAAAUAUAGUUUUCAUCACUGUUUCACAAUCCCCAAAUCUGAAGGGAAUUUUAAAGAUUUUAUGGGAGAAGAUCUUUGGGAAGAAUGUAGCUGAGUUUCAGAAUGUGGAAGAUGCACGUAUGGAGCUUCAGCAGCGGUUUUUAAGGCAGUCUAAACCAACUUUGGUGGUGUUGGAUGAUGUUUGGUCCAGAGCUGAUUUGGAAAUAUUACUAUUUGAAGCUCCAGGAUACAAAACCCUCAUCACAACCAGAGAUACUUCUACCAUCCCCAGAAACGCAUCUACUCGGCUGUAUCAAUGGCCAUUGUUAAACAAAGAGGAUUCUCUCUCACUUUUCUGCUUAUCGGCAUUUGGACAGACAUCAAUUCCAAGUACGGCAGAUGCAAAUCUAGUCACAGAGGUAUAG